AUGAACUUAACAUUAUCUUCUUCCUUGGCAGGAACAAACGAUCUUCGUGAAGAAGCUGAAGACACUGGUUCCACUGAUCAAGGAAAAGACAUUUUUCAAGGUUUAGUGGACAGAGGACGGGUUCGACCUGAGAGGAGAGGCGGCGAUGCAUAUGAUAACGAAGAUGUUGAGGACAUCGGUUCCUUUUAUCAAAGAAAAGGCACUGAUCAAGGUUUAGUGGAAAGAAGAAGGGUUCGACCUGAGAGGAGAGGAGGGGUUCGUCCUGCUAGGAGAGGAAGUGUUCGACCUGAGAGGACAGGAAGGGUUCGACCUGAGAGGAGAGGACGUGUUCGACCUGAGAGGAGAGGAAAGGUUCGACCUGAGAGGAGAGGCGGUGAUACAACUGAAAACGAAGAUGUUGAGGACACUGGUUCAUUUUAUCAAGGUUUAGUGAACGUGAGAAGGGUUCGACCUGGGAGGAGAAGCGGUGAAACAACCGACAAGGACGAUUAUGAGGGAAGGAGGAGCGACGAUGAUUCAGCUGAAAACCACGAUAAUGGUAGCACUGAUAACAACUACAAUGACGACAGAACUGAUGACAGCGAUGAUGAGUUAGCUGAUAACGAAGGUGAUGAUAGAACUGGUUUUGAUGACGGCGAUGAUUCAGCUGAUGACGACAAUGAUAGAACUGAUAAUGACGAUGGUGAUGAUAGUGACAACGAUGAUGGUAGAGCUGAUAAUGAUGACGAUGAUGAUAGAGUUAGUAGUGACAACGAUGAUGAUUCAGCUGAUAAUGAUGACGAUGAUGAUACAACUGAUAAUGACGACGAUGACGAUAGAACUGAUAAUGACAAUGAUGAUGAUUCAGCUGAUAAUGACAACGAUGACGAUAGAACUGAUAAUGACAACGAUGGUGAUUCAGCUGAUAAUGACAACGAUGACGAUAGAACUGAUAAUGACAAUGAUGAUGAUUCAGCUGAUAAUGACGACGAUGACGAUAGAACUGAUAAUGACAACGAUGAUGAUUCAGCUGAUAAUGACAAGGAUGACGAUAGAACUGAUAAUGAUGACGGUGAUGAUUCAGCUGAUAAUGACAACGAUGAUGAUACAACUAAUAAUGAUGACGAUGAUGAUUCAGCUGAGAAUGACGACGAUGAUGAUAGAACAGAUAAUGAUGGUGGUGAUGAUUCAGCCGAUGACGACGAUGAUGAUUCAGCUGAUAAUGACGACAAUGAUGAUAGAACUGAUAAUGAUGACGAUGAUGAUUCAGCUGAUAAUGAUAAUGAUGAUGAUUCUGCUGAUAAUGACGACGACGGUGAUAGAACUGAUAAUGAUGACGAUGAUGAUUCAGCUGAUAAUGAUAAUGAUGAUGAUUCAGCUUAUAAUGACGACGAUGAUAGAACUGAUAAUGAUGACGAUGAUGAUUCAGCUGAUAAUGAUAAUGAUAAUGAUUCUGCUGAUAAUGACGAUGAUGAUAUAACUGAUAAUGAUGACGAUGAUGAUUCAGCUGAUAAUGAUAAUGAUAAUGAUUCAGCUGAUAAUGACGACGACGAUGAUAGAACCGAUAAUGAUGACGAUGGUGAUUCAGCUGAUAAUGAUAAUGAUGAUGAUUCUGCUGAUAAUGACGACGACGAUGAUAGAACCGAUAAUGAUGACGAUGAUGAUUCAGCUGAUAAUGAUAAUGAUGAUGAUUCAGCUGAUAAUGACGAUGAUGAUAGAACUGAUAAUGAUGACGGUGAUGAUUCAGCUGAAAACGACAAUGAUGAUUCAGCCGCUAAUGACGAUGAUGACGAUAGAACUGAUAAUGAUGACGGUGAUGAUUCAGCUGAUAAUGACGACGAUGAUGAUAGAAUUGAUAAUGAUGACGAUGAUGAUUCAGCUGAUAAUGAUAAUGACGAUGAUUCAGCUGAUAAUGACGACAAUGAUGAUAGAACUGAUAAUGAUGGCGAUGAUGAUUCAGCUGAUAAUGACAAUGAUGAUGAUUCAGCUGAUAAUGAUGAUUCAGCUGAUAACGACAAUGAUGAUUCAGCAGAUAAUGACGAAGAUGAUAGAACUGAUAAUGAUGACGGUGAUGAUUCAGCAGAUAAUGACGAAGAUGAUAGAACUGAUGACAAUGAUGAUGAUUCAGCUGAUAAUGAUGAUUCAGCUGAUGAUGAUGACGAUGAUGAUAAAUCUGACAAUGAUGACGGUGAUGAUUCAGAUGAUAAUGACAAUGAUGGUGAUUCAGCUGAUAAUGACAAUGACGAUGAUGAUGGUGACAGAACAGAUGAUGAUGAUGAUGAUGAUGAUAGUGAUGAUUCCGCUGAUAACGACAAUGAUGACGAUUCAGCUGAUAAUAACGACGAUGAUGAAAGAACAAAUAAUGAUGGUGAUGAUAGAGCAGAUAACGAUGACAAUGAUGGUUCAACUGAUAACGACAGUGAUGAGAGAACUGAUAAUGAAAACGAUGAUGAUGAAACUGAUAACGAUGACGAUUCAGCUGAUAAUAACAACGGCAAUGAUGACAGCGACGAUGUCGACGACGAUGAUGAUAACGACGACGAGGAGGAAAAUACAAGAGAUAAUAAUGAUAAAGAAGAGGAGGAGGAGGAAGAUGAUAACGACGAUGAAGAUAAUGUUUCAGCUGAUAAGAGUGACUCCAAUGACCGUAGGAAGAGAUACGCUUAUAGAAUUGCUAUCUAUGAUGAGCUUGAGGACCAUAGAAGCAGAAACGAUGAUGCAUUUGAACCCGAUGAACACGAGCCAACGAAGAGAGACAAUGCUACAGCUGAUAACGACGUAGAUGAUACACGUGUUAUCGACGACAAUGAGUCUAGUAGAGGUAAUGAUACAACUGUUGCUGACAACGAUGAUGUAGCUAGUACCAACGAUGAUGACCGCACGAGAAUAGACAAUGAUGUAUCUGAUGACGAUGACGAUGACGAUGACGAUGAAAGAACUGAUAACAGCAGCCAUGAAUAUGAAAGCAGAUGA